AUGGAGGGAAAUCCAGAACCCGAGCCCGUACGAGGGGAUCAGCCUCUCGAAACCGAAGCAAAUGCACCAGCACCAGCAGAUAUCAUUCUACCAAGCGAACCUCUGGGAACCCAAGGCGAACUCAAGACAGAAGAACCUCAACCCGAAGAUCCGGCACAAGAACAAGUCAAAUCAUGGAUAGAAUCCCAGACCGAAACCGAACCACAACAGCCUUCGACCGAAUCUUCAACUGGUGAUGCAGACGGUGACGAUACUGUAGGCGAGCUGCCCCGCGUCGAAACUGAUGCCCCCAGCACCAGCACAGUACCUGGCAUGACUGGUACAGCAGCCGAAAGCGCUUCGACCACAACGUCAGCACCACCUCAAGGCACAGACGCCACAGCACCUCCAGCUGGAGUUGGAGUCGUGACAGGACCGGCUUUGAUAACUCCACGCAGGCGGGCUGCAUCAACCUCCACUGGCCCCUCGAACUCCACUUCAGCCGCCGGUCAUGUCCAUGUCCCUCAUUUUGUCGCUCCGUCAUCCUACCUUCGACGCAGGACUUCCAUUCGGAGCCCAAUGGCACCUACCGAGCCGAAACCUCUGAGUCCUCUGGACAGAGAUCAGUUGCAGGGUCUGAAUGCUAUUCGCGAUUUCCUCAAAGUGCGCACUAGCUACGAUGUUCUGCCACUCUCGUUCCGACUCAUCGUCCUCGAUAACGAACUCCUCAUAAAAAAAGCGAUCAACAUACUAACACAGAACUCGAUAGUAUCGGCUCCUCUAUGGAACUCCAAAACCUCCAGAUUCGCCGGCAUUCUUACGAGCACCGAUUUCAUCAAUGUUAUCCAGUACUAUUGCCAGUUUCCUGACGAGUUCCAUAAACUCGAUCAAUUCCGGCUAAAUAUUGAAAAGUCGAUUGGCGCGAUACCCAUCGAGACAGUUUCGGUUCAUCCUUCGAAGCCGCUCUACGAGGCAUGCCGACGCAUGCUCAAGACCCGCGCGCGACGAAUCCCGCUUGUAGAUGUCGACAGCGAGACCAACAAGGAGAUGGUUGUUUCGGUCAUUACUCAAUAUCGUAUCCUCAAGUUUAUCGCGGUCAACAACGAACACAACACAGUACUGCUGAAAAAGACCGUCCGGGAGAUUGGUCUCGGCACAUACACAGGCAUCGCUACAGCCAAAAUGGGCAGCUCGGUCCUUGACGUCGUUCAUCUCAUGGUCAAAUAUAACAUCAGCUGUGUCCCGAUCAUCGAUUCACACGGCCGAGUGCUGAAUGUGUUUGAAGCGGUGGAUGUCAUUCCUUGUAUCAAAGGCGGCGCCUACGAAGAUCUGGAUGGCUCUGUCGGAGAGGCGCUGUGCAAGAGAUCCGAUGAGAGUCCAGGCAUUUACACAUGCAGUGAAGGCGAUCGCCUGGAUUCCAUCUUUGACACUGUCCGCAAGAGCAGAGUUCACCGUCUGAUAGUGGUCGACGACGACAACAAGCUCAAGGGCAUCAUCUCCCUUUCAGAUAUUCUCAAGUAUGUUUUGUUGUACGGAGUGGAGGACACAAGCAACUGGGCUUGA